CGCGGGUUCAGAUCCAGGGGGCGGGACCCGGGGCCAUCUUGGCUGAGGGCGGAAGUUUCCUUCAGAGAGCGGGCGGGGGAAAGGCGUUGCGGCCCUCGGCCUGGCUGCGCGAUCUGUUAGAGGAUGGGAAAGAGAAGCAUGGGCGCUGGCAGCCCCUCUAAGAAGCAGAGGCCGGUGGUCCCGGGCACGGCCCGCCCUACUGCCGGCCGGUUGCGGUGCCGCCCCAGCGCCUUGGCCGCGGGCCGCCUCCCGUAACCCUUGGCGCCCGCCGGCGACGUAGCUUGCUCCCAUUCUUGAAAGACUGCGCGCCGGGCGCUGCGCGGGAUUCGGAGCCCCGGCUAGACCCUGCGCAAUUUGCGUGGCGAACGGCGCGCGCGCAGGCGCAAGAGGGGGCGGAGCCGCGGGAGCCGGGGAGCCGGAGCCCCGGUUCCCAGCGACCGGAGCCGGCUCCCCCAGCGGCAGACCAAGGCCUGGCGUCGACCUUUUCCCGCUCCUCGCGGUUGGAGAGUGGGUGCAGUGGGGGGUGGGUUGGGGGCAGCGUCUGGAAUUUCGAGGACCAAAGGCAGAGGCCCACCCCCCUACCCCAUCCGGAUUAUUGAAGGGGAGAAAGCUCACCAGUUUGAGGAGGGGGAGAGCCGGGUCCCCCUUCAGCGGCUGCUACCCUGAGCCGACGGGCAUAGGCCGGCUCUCCCCCUCCUGCCGGGACGACUCCAGCGAGCCAAGGCCAAGGACCCCUUUCCUUCAGCCCCUGCAACCCCCAGGUCCUGGCUCUGGGAUUGGCCCACCACCCCAGUCAGCUCUAGAGAGAUUGCCCUUCCACGCUCCUGAGUGAGGGGCUCGGGGCCAGGCCCCAGGCUGCCUGUGCCCCUCCUCAAGGGCUACUGCAAGGGCGAGUGUCCCUCUGUUGCGGGAGAAGGCCUGGCCAGCCACAACUUCUUUCCUCCUGAGUUCUCCAUCUCUGCCUCUGCACCCUGCAGCUCCCACCCCUCUGUAUUUAUUUUUACUUUCCUGGCCCCCUGCCAGCCCCUCCAUCUCUGUCUCAAGAUUCAAGCCUCUCUUCCUGACAUGGAGAGUAACCUGUCUGGCCUGGUGCCUGCUGCUGGGCUGGUGCCUGCGCUUCCACCGGCUGUGACCCUGGGGCUGACUGCGGCCUACACCACUCUGUAUGCCCUGCUCUUCUUCUCCGUCUAUGCCCAGCUCUGGCUGGUGCUCCUGUAUGGGCACAAGCGUCUCAGCUAUCAGACGGUGUUCCUUGCACUCUGUCUGCUCUGGGCUGCCUUGCGUACUACCCUCUUCUCCUUCUACUUCCGAGAUACCCCCCGAGCCAACCGCCUGGGGCCCCUGCCCUUUUGGCUUCUCUACUGCUGCCCUGUCUGCCUGCAGUUCUUCACACUGACGCUUAUGAACCUCUACUUUGCCCAGGUGGUGUUCAAGGCCAAGGUGAAGCGUCGGCCAGAGAUGAGCCGAGGCUUGCUGGCCGUCCGAGGGGCCUUUGUGGGGGCCUCGCUGCUCUUUCUGCUGGUGAAUGUGCUGUGUGCUGUGCUGUCCCGCCGGCGCCGGGCACAGCCCUGGGCCCUCCUGCUGGUGCGUGUCCUGGUGAGCGACUCUCUCUUUGUUAUCUGCGCACUCUCUCUUGCCGCCUGCCUCUGCCUUGUUGCCCGGCGGGCCCCCUCCACCAGCAUCUACCUGGAGGCCAAGGGGACCAGUGUGUGCCAGGCGGCUGCGAUGGGUGGUGCCAUGGUUCUGCUCUAUGCCAGUCGGGCCUGCUACAACCUGGCGGCCUUGGCUUUGGCCCCCCGGAGCCGGCUCGAUGCCUUCGAUUACGACUGGUACAACGUCUCUGACCAGGCGGACCUGGUGAAUGACCUAGGGAACAAAGGCUACUUGGUGUUUGGCCUCAUCCUCUUUGUGUGGGAGCUGCUGCCCACCACCCUGCUGGUGGGCUUCUUCCGGGUGCACCGGCCUCCACAGGACCUGGUGAGGGCCAGUGGAGAGAGCACCAGCCGCAUCCUCAAUGGGCAGGUCUUUGGUUCCCGUUCCUACUUCUUCGACCGGGCUGGGCACUGUGAAGAAGAGAGCUGCUCCUGGGAGCAUGGCCGGGGCGAGAGCACCAGCAUGUCGGGCAGCCUAGGCUCUGGCAGCUGGUACGGCGCCAUCGGGCGGGAGCCAGGCUGGUGUGGGGGCAGCCAGACGCGGACCACCCCUCUGCUCUUCUCCCAGGUGCUGGGACCAGGCAGCCACCACCACAGUCUCUAUUCCACCCCACAGACGUGAUCCCCCUCCAUUUCUCCCCAGAACACCCAGACCCCAAUCCUUCUCACCCAGGCCCCUGUGCCAAUUUCAUCUGCUGCUUCUUGCCCAGGAUCCUGGGGGCUGUGGCUGCCUCCUCCCCCGGCCGGCUCCUUGCUACUUCUAUUGUAGUGAGUUUGUGCUGUCCCCUAGGAUGGGGGACAUGGCCCUGGCUGCCAGAUGCCCACAGCACCCUGGCAUGACCUGCCGCCUCCGCUUCUACGCUGGAGCCAGCUACCUCUCCUGCACCUGCCACUCAAUAAACAGUGUCUGUGCCCCA